CAGAGGCCAUCAUGAGCGAUGAGUGUGUGCAGUGGUGUGUGCGUGUGUGCGCAGGAUCCGCGAGACGCUGGAGUGUGUAGUGCGCUGAUUUGCGGCGCGCGCCGUGUCUCCAGCCCGGGGACUUCAGAGCGUCAGGUGGCAUCUAGCAGAACUUCCAGGUUUUAAAACAAAAUGACAGAAAAGACAGCUCCUUGGUGGAGAUCCUUUGUGGGAAAGCGGCGGAAAACGGCUAGAGAAUCUGCUUCAAUCCUGGAGCAAGACCUCACAGCCUAUGCAUCCACCGAAUCCAGCCAGCAGCCCCAUGCCAUUAGCACCACCCCAGAGCAGAAAGGAACCUCGGUGAGCAGUUCCCAAGCCGUAGGAGGCAAAGCCACGUUCACUGAUGACACUUACGACGACUCUGUCGUACAGCCGACCUUCAGCGAGAGCGCCAACCGCCGCAACCUGCGAGUCUCACGCUCGGGUCGCUUCAAGGAGAAACGACAGACACGUGUGGGAAUUCCCGAGCACUACGAAAACACAGAGAGGGUGGAGCCACCGAGCAAAAGCAACAAGGACUAAAGCUGUAGUUGAAACACCUGAAGACCAUGACUCAUUGCUAUAAAUUCCAGAGUUAGGACUGGAAGAGUACUUUGGUUCUGGGAGAUGAAAGGACCUGACUGGUCUCUCCUGGUUCCUCUUACGUUCUCCACACUGAAGAAACAAACCAUUUUUUAUGUCUGUGUGGAUCUCGAUUGCACUGAAGUUAUUGUGUUUCGAGGAACACCAUUACAAGGCUCCGGCUUUUUUAUAGUAAAUGAAGAUGAUGCUGCCGAUUUUCUCUUUCCGUAAUGAAGAGAAGAAGAAGAAAAAGAAGAUGAUGAGAGCAUGUGGAUAGAAGAACAUGUCCUCUUCUUUAGGAAGUUCUUACUAUAUUUUUGGAGUAGAAACACUUUAUGAAGGUUUUUAUAACAUAGAAAAAAAAAUAUAUAUAUAUAUGUUGAUUACGAAGGUUGAACAAUUGCACUGUAAAAUAACGGUGGUUUGUGAAGAUUUACUGUUUUUGCUGCUUGCAGGGAAAUGAAGUUUGUUUUAUGUACUGAUUUCUUUUACGUCAUAAGCUUCCAGACAUUGAUAUGAUAAGCUCCAGGCAGAAGAGUGAAACGGGAGGGAGGUAUAAUGAAGGCAGAUACGGUGUAAAAACGUCACUAAUGAUGUAACGGGAUGUAAUGUGGCUCUACUGGCAGGGCUGAAUAGAACCGGGUUCUAUGACGUGCACAAGGAACUUUCGUUUGUUAUUUUUUAUUUUUACAAGCAUGAGGUUUUAAAAAAUUAAUCGUUUUUAGGAAUAUGUAUUUUGAUCAGAUUUUGGAGAUGCAGCAUGCUGUUGUAAAUAAAAGUUUCAGAAUCAA